AUGGAUAAACAAGAUUAUUAUCAAGUCUUGGGAGUAGAGAAAAAUGCCACCACUGAGGAGAUUAAGAGUGCUUACAGAAAGUUGGCUUUGAAGUGGCAUCCAGAUAAGAACCCUGAUAAUCAGGAGACCGCAAAGAAGCAAUUUUAAUUGAUUUUACAAGCCUAUACAGUUCUCUGUGAUAGUCAGAAAAGAGCAAACUAUGAUAAAUUUGGGACUGCUGAUGGUGAAGAACAAAUGAAUUUUGAUUUUGAUCAUUUUUAUGCUCAAGAUUUUGAGUCUAUGAUGAACUUCAUGAUGGGAGAUGCUUUUAUGAAAAUGUUUACCAAUAUUGGCAAACCAGGAAGAGGGAAACACAAAUUCAAAAUACCCUCUUCCUUUAUUUUCAAAUAAGCAUAACCAUAAAAGAAGCCACAAAAAAAAGAAGAAGAAGAUGAUUGGGAAACUGAAGAAGAAGUUGAUGAAGAUGAUGAUUGGAAGGAUGUAGACGAAGAUGAUGAUGAUAAAAAUGAUAACGAUAACGAUGAAUUCUAAUCAGACAGUGAUGAUGAUCUCACUUAAACUGAAAAUUUGUUUAUGAUGCCCAUGUUUAUAGAGGAAAAUAUUAAGGACACUGAUAGUAACAAGUUCAAGUGUAAAUUUGAUGGUUAGAUAUUGAAAGAAUAAACCUUAGUGUAACAUUUCGAGAAGAACCAUAAAAAAGAAUUUGCUGCUUGGAGCAAAAAAAAGCAUUUUAAAUGA